AUGCAGCGCACAGACUCCCAAAGAGUCCAGGGGGAAUGUGACAUCAGCGCCGGGCGCUGGCGGCUGAAAGAGGCAGCAGCAGCAGCAGCAAUCCUCGGAAGUGCCUCGAGUUCGGCGCCCCCUGGAGAAGACCCCCGACCCUUGCCCAGCGCAAGCAUGUCGGCCAAGGAGAGGCCAAAGAGCAAAGUGACCAAGGACAGCGUCACCUUACUGCCUUGCUUUUAUUUCGUAGAGCUGCCUAUCUUGGCUUCUUCUGUUGUUAGCCUCUACUUCCUGGAACUCACUGAUGUCUUCAAGCCCGUGCACUCUGGAUUCAGCUGCUAUGACCGAAGUCUCAGCAUGCCCUACAUUGAGCCCACCCAGGAAGCUAUUCCAUUCCUGAUGUUGCUUAGCUUAGCUUUUGCUGGACCUGCAAUUACGAUAAUGGUAGGAGAAGGAAUUCUCUACUGUUGCCUGUCCAAAAGAAGAAAUGGGAUUGGAAUGGAGCCCAAUAUAAAUGCAGGAGGCUGUAACUUCAACUCUUUCCUUAGAAGAGCCGUCAGAUUUGUUGGAGUUCAUGUAUUUGGACUUUGUUCUACUGCUCUCAUCACUGAUAUCAUACAACUGUCAACAGGGUACCAAGCGCCAUACUUUCUGACUGUAUGCAAGCCAAACUACACAUCUCUGAAUGUAUCAUGCAAAGAAAAUUCCUAUAUUGUAGAAGAUAUCUGCUCGGGAUCUGACCUCACAGUCAUUAACAGUGGAAGAAAGUCAUUCCCUUCUCAACAUGCCACCCUAGCAGCCUUUGCAGCUGUGUACAUUUCAAUGUACUUCAAUUCUACACUAACGGAUUCUUCUAAGCUCCUGAAGCCUCUCCUGGUGUUUGCAUUUAUCAUCUGUGGCAUCAUCUGUGGACUCACGCGGAUAACACAAUAUAAGAACCAUCCCGUCGAUGUCUAUUGUGGAUUUUUAAUAGGAGGAGGAAUCGCUCUAUACUUGGGACUGUAUGCUGUGGGAAACUUUCUACCAAGUGAAGAGAGUAUGUAUCAGCACAGAGAUGCCCUCAGAUCUCUGACUGAUCUCAACCAAGACCCCAGCAGAGCUUUAGCUGGUAAAAAUGGUAGUGAUGGGAUUGCUCAUACCGAAGCAUUACUGAACCGAAACCCAAGAGAUGCAAGCUCAUUGACAAACCUCAAAAGGGCAAAUGCUGAUGUGGAAAUCAUCACUCCACGGAGCCCAAUGGGGAAGGAGAAUAUGGUGACAUUUAGUAACACAUUACCCAGGGCCAAUACCCCAUCAGUGGAAGAUCCUGUGAGAAGAAAUGCCUCCAUUCAUGCCUCCAUGGAUUCUGCUCGGUCAAAGCAGCUUCUCACCCAGUGGAAAAGCAAGAAUGAAAGUCGAAAAUUAUCCUUGCAAGUCAUAGAGACUGAGCCUAGCCAAUCUCCACCAAGAUCUAUAGAAAUGAGGUCAAGCUCUGAACCAUCAAGGGUAGGGGUUAAUGGAGACCACCAUGGACCUGGAAAUCAGUACCUGAAAAUCCAGCCUGGAAAUGUCCCAGGAUGUAACAAUAGUAUGCCUGGUGGACCAAGGGUGUCUAUUCAGUCUCGCCCAGGUUCAUCACAGCUGGUGCAUAUUCCUGAGGAGACUCAAGAAAACAUAAACACUUCUCCAAAAAGUAGUUCUGCUAGAGCCAAAUGGCUGAAGGCUGCCGAGAAGAGUGUUGCUUGUAGUCGAAGCAAUAGCCAACCUAGGAUUAUGCAGGUCAUUGCCAUGUCAAAGCAACAAGGAGUCCUGCAGAGCAGUCCAAAGAACACUGAAGGUAGCACAGUCACCUGCACCGGAUCUAUCCGUUACAAAACCUUGACAGAUCAUGAACCUGGUGGGAUCGUGAGGGUUGAGGCUCAUCCUGAAAAUAAUCGACCAAUCAUACAGAUCCCAUCCUCAGAAGGUGAAGGGAGUGGAUCUUGGAAAUGGAAAGCCCCUGAAAAAGGUAGUCUUCGUCAAACCUAUGAGCUCAAUGACCUCAACAGAGACUCAGAGAGUUGUGAGUCCCUAAAAGACAGCUUUGGGUCUGGAGAUCGGAAGAGAAGCAACAUCGAUAGCAACGAGCACCAUCAUCAUGGAAUCACAACCAUCCGUGUAACUCCUGUAGAAGGAAGCGAAAUUGGCUCAGAGACUUUGUCCAUCUCCUCAAGCCGUGACUCCACAUUGAGGAGAAAAGGUAACAUCAUUUUAAUUCCUGAAAGAAGCAACAGCCCAGAAAACACUCGGAACAUCUUCUAUAAGGGAACCUCCCCAACACGAGCUUACAAAGACUGA